CCAGGUUGGUGUGCGAGACACAACCAUAUAACGAAAGCGGAUCGCACGACAGAUCCGACCCGCUCCGCUCCGCUUCGAUUCGAUUUCGAUCCGAUUCGAUUCGAUUUGAUUCGUAAACAUAUUCGACGUUAACAUGUAAAACGAGUGUUGGCCACAAAACGACAAAAUUAUAGAGGAAGCCCGUUAAAAAAUAUACAACACAAAAAAAUAGCAAAAAUCAAUUAAAUGCCUGCCGCCAAAGCUGAAACUCAUGUGAAACAAAAUUUUUGGAAAUAUAUUUAAAAAAUCAUCAUCAUCGCUUUGGGCAACCAGUUUAAACCAUAGCAAAAUCGCGAAAACAAGCAAACAAAAAUAUAAAAAGACAACGGGCCACAUAACUAAUUGGAUUACGCAAAAAGGGCGAAGUUGGCUAUAGAGGUCGCACUAUGAAGACUGCCACUCCAAUGGAUAUUUUCUACACGGCGCUGCACUUAAUCACAAUCGCAGCUCUGGCGGCGCACGCGGCGCAGAUUCCAACGGCAGUCAAGGAUGCCCAGAGCUCGCUGAGUGAGGCCAUUGAAGCGGCGGAGGCGGAGGCCACGCCCACACCAAGGGCUAUCAUCGAGCCGAGUGUGCGGAUCAAGUGCCUUUCGGGUUCGAUGCUGAUCACCAUCAAAGAUGCUCCUCCGAACCACGAGACGGGUUUGUUCAGUGGAAUGAUUUACCCGAAAGGCCUAUCCAAGAACUCCACAUGCCUCAGCGAAUACAGAGAUCAUGUGGGCUCCCUGCGGUACAAGCUGCCUCUCAGAUCGUGCAACACGAUGCCCAAGGAAACGGACGAUGGUGGCAUUGAGUUCUUCAACACGAUUGUGCUACAGCCUCACCUGAAGCUUAUCACCGACCUAGGCCGUGGCUACCACGUCCGUUGCGCCUACAAGAGUCGUGAUGCUGCCAUCAAGCCCAAGAAGCAUCUGCGUAAGCAUGCCCAGAAACCGCAGGCCUUCCGCAGCGAUGAUCGGCGGGAUUAUGGACGAUCGCUGGACAAGCAGCAGGACGACGACCUGGACGAGGAGGAUGUCUACGAUGCCAAUGCACCACAGCCGCAGCAGGAGGAGGAGGAGGAUGUGACCAACAACGAGAUACCCAUGCCCGGUUGCCACAUGAAGAUCUACAACGACGAGCACAAGAUUGCGGACGAUGUUAAGAUUGGUGAUCCCCUAACCAUUGUGAUUAGCAUCGAUAGGCAGAAGGUUUAUGGACUCCAUGUGACCGAUUGUAUUGUACGUGAUGGUCUGGGUUGGGGAGAACAGCGACUAGUCGGCGAAGAUGGCUGUCCCAUGGACAACGAGAUCAUGGGCCAGUUCAACUACACCGAGGAUCGUUUGGCUGCCAACGUCACCUUCCCUGCGCACAAGUUCCCUUACACCACUUCCGUCUACUACCAGUGCAACGUAAGAUUGUGUGCUCUGGAGGAUCCAACGUGCCAGGAGGCACCUCUGUGCACUGGCAAGCGUCCCAAGCGACAGACAGCAGUUGAUAGCAAGGAGGAGGACGGUUUGCCCGCCACCAUUGAGGUGUUCUCCGGUCUGUACGUCAACGAGAACGAGAAUUCCAACGAAAGCGAUGAUGAUGCAGUGUACAAGGAAAAGACCCUGGACGAUGCCCUGUGCGUUUCCCAGCGUACUUUCGCCAUAGCCAUUGCCAUCGCCGGCCUCAUCCUCAUGCUGGCCGUUGUAGCCGCCGUUCUGUGCAUUAUGGCCCGUCGCAGCACCAAGACGGUUUCCAACUCCGGCAGCUCCAUCUACAGUGGACCCUAUACGAACACCGCCUUCUCGCAUAGCAGCUAAACACACAUAGGCUGUGUCCUCAAACACGAAAUUUUAAAGUUCAUAUUUUUCCAAAUUCAAAAAAACACUCAAAGUGUUUCAAAAUCAGAAAGUAACCGGGAUGAGUUUCGGUCGCGCAGGUGCCGCUGCGGUAGUCAACGAUUUGUGAGAAUGGGAGCCACUUAGUCUGUAAGGAUGCAGGUUGCAGCUGCAGGAUGCUGGAGUUGUCCAGCGACUGUCCAUAGGAUAAGCGUAGUCAUAGUUUGCAAAAUGUCGUGCAGAGAUUACCGGGCAAUAGUUCCAUAAAUGAAUACCAAUUGCCCGCUAAUGUCGCAGAGCUCACCAGGACUCCAGGUAGUGGAACCUAAUCGGCUCUGUUCCGCACAGUCGGUGUUGGACUCGCCCUUCUUCCAGACACUUCCCGACCUCCACUAGAUCCCUCUGACCGCUUCUACCCUAAUUUAAUCACUCGAACUAACAACGAAUGCAGCAGCCGACGCUCAGGUGAUAUUUGUACUCGUAUCUAAACUUAAUGUCUAACUUUUAUUCGUAAUUUAUUAAUUUAUCGGAUGCCUAACUGCCAAAGGUCCAAACAAAACGCAACUCCUUUCCCUCGACACUCUUAGUAGAAUUUCCUGAAUAUUUUCUUGUCAUUGUUUUACUUAUGUAGGCAGCAGCCCUUAUUAAACAGCAGCCGUCCCGAGCAGCCACAUAUACAAUAUUACUAUAUAAUAUAUGAUAAUGAACGAUAUACAUAUGGCAACAGUUCUCAAAACCAAAAUUAGGCCUUUGAACAGCUUCAAUCGAGCAUUCUGACUGCAAACGAAGAGAAUGCUUCUCUGGAGCCGUUCAAUCUAUGCGGUUCCAUUCAUAUUUUAAAGCUCAAUUUUAGUGUUACCUCUAAGUUAAUAUUAAUCAUUGAACAAUAAACUCAAAUUGACUAUAA